AUGAAUCUCAUAUAUAAUAUCCUCGUCUCCUUGUUAAAAUUGUCUUUGGCACACUUCCAUGGGGUUCAGAAGGUGACUGGUUACCGAUUGUGUGUGUUGUGUCACAUUGCAAAAUGGUGGGGACACCCCAAUUUGCUGUCAUCUGAACAUCUCCUCCCUGCAUCAUGCUCAUUGAUGAUGGCAACAGUUGCUGUCAAGAAGAGUCUUGAAUGGUGUCUCUUGACAGCACUGAGGGGACUGUGUAAGAAGAAGAAGAAGAUAUAUUUUUGUUCAACUGAAAAAUUGCAUUUGGAAAGUGAAGAUUAA